AUGACUCUCGUGGCGACCAAGUUUACGCCAGAGGUGCUCCUCUCCGCUCCCCGUCGUACGGCUGCUAUUCCGAACAGAGAAGGCACUCUAGCUCUGUACACCGAAACCUCCUACUCCUUCGACUCGCACUCCAAGAGCUUCGCAUUCAAAGUUCUCGACAUCAAGACGGGCAACUCGACCACCUUGUACGAUGCCGAGGGUUAUACCGACCCCGCUUGGGUCUCCGACACCGAGUUCGUGUUCGUCCAGAGUGGUGAUAAGGGGUCCAGUCUGAUGAUGGCGGAUGCGACGAAAGAGCGCUCUAAACCUCAUGAGAUCUGCAGCUUCAAGGGCGCGAUAUCAAACCUGAAGGCCAAAAAGAUCAGUGAUGACACGGUAGCGAUUGCAUGCUCGGCCCUUGCGACUCCCUCGGGGGAGAUGUACAGCGCCGCCGACGAGCCCAAGCCCCAUUCCUCGGCCAAGGUAUACACGAAGUUGUUCGUGCGUCAUUGGGAUACGUGGGUGACUGAGAAUACGUCAGCAAUAUGGUAUGGUGCCCUGAAGAAGGACGGGGGACGCUAUUCCCUCCAAGAGCCCGGGUUGGUGAAUGCGCUGGCUGGGACUAAACUCGAGAGUCCCGUACCCCCGUUUGGAGGAUCAUCCGAUUUCGACAUCAGCAACGAGGGAUUGGUGUUCAUCUCGAACCACCCGGAGGUAAAUGCUGCGAUAUGGACGAGGACUGACGUCUACUACGUGCCCCUAAAGACUUUCACCGAGGCAGAGCCACCCCUGCCGCAAAUCAUCAAGACGGGCAACUUGCAAGGAUACAGCGGAACGCCCGUGUUUUCGCAUGACGGGAAGCGAUUGGUUUUCAAGCGAAUGCGCCAUCAACAAUACGAGUCAGAUAAGCCACGCCUACUCCUGAUACCCGAUAUCAAGGACCUCAGCAACGUGCAAGAGUUCUACAAGACGGACGACGGCGAAGGCGGUUGGGACCUGCGGCCAGACGCCAUUGUCUGGAGCAACAAUGACUCGGAGCUCUUCGUGACGGCAGAGAAGGAAGGGCGUAGCCUUCUCUUUAGACUGCCCUCGUCCCCCUUGGAAGCCAAAUCUCUCCCGGAACCAUUCACUCAUGACGGUGCCGUUGGCGAUGUCUUUAACCUUGCCCAUAAUGGCCGGCUCUUCAUCACUUCUUCCUCCUUGAUCGACAGUUCGGCCUAUUCCGUUGUUGACCCGGACUCUAAAGAUAUUACUCUCGUGUCCUCUAGCUCGAAACAGGGCAAGUCGUUCGGUCUCUCGAAAUCUCAGAUCUCUGAAUUCUGGUUCCACGGAGCCGGCGACUACAAGUGUCACGCCCUGGUAAUGAAGCCAUCCGACUUCGACUCAUCCAAGAAAUACCCACUAGCGAUGCUUAUUCACGGCGGUCCGCAAGGUGCCUGGACCGAAUCCUGGAGCACGCGCUGGAACCCCGCCAUCUUCGCUGAACAAGGCUACGUCGUCGUGCUACCAAACCCAACCGGCUCAACGGGUUACGGCCAAGAACUCACGGACGGCAUCGCCAGAGAAUGGGGCGGCCGGCCCUACAACGACCUCGUCAAUUGCUUCGACCACAUCACCUCGGAGCUCCCCUACGUUGACACGACCAACGCUGUCGCCCUGGGCGCCAGCUACGGCGGUUACAUGAUCAACUGGAUUCAGGGGCACCCUUUGGGGCGCCGGUUCAAGGCCCUCGUCUGUCAUGAUGGUGUCUUCAGCACUAUGAACGACUGGGCUACCGAGGAGCUCUUCUUCACCGUCCACGACAUGGGCGGCACCCUGUGGGAAAGCCGCGAGCUGUACGAGAAGUGGGACCCGGCUGCCUUCACCUCGGCUUGGGCCACACCGCAGCUUGUCAUUCAUAGUGAGCUCGAUUACCGGUUGCCGAUUACGGAGGGUUUGGCUGCGUUCAAUGUUCUUCAGGCUAGGGAGGUGCCGUCGAAAUUUUUGAUGUUUCCGGACGAAAAUCAUUGGGUCCUGAAACCUGAGAACUCGCUUGUUUGGCAUAAAGAGGUUCUGGGCUGGAUUAACAAGUACACUAGCUUGGACCGCUCGGGAUUGGCUGGGGAGACAGACAAGCUGAGCCUCUAG